AUGAACCUUAUUAUCUCACAGAUUGAAGACCCAGAGAUUCUACCUAUUCCUAUCAAAAAUUUGGUUGGAAAAUCGUUUUGUUUUGGUCUUUCCAUCACAAGUGAUAAUGUAUCCAACGGAUCAACUACUUUUAAGGUAGCUGAGGUCUGGUCUGGGGAUCAUAUUCAUAGAAUCGAAUCACUCUCAGAACCAGUAUCUCUAAUUGGGUCCAGUUCAUCUACUCUAUCUACCAGUGAGGUUCUGUGCAUUGAUCAUAACAAAGAGAGUUCAUCUGAAGAUGUUACAACACCUUUCUCUAAGCGUAAGGAAGGAGAUGCUGAGCUUAAUGACAUGAAUUCUACAUCUAAGAAGUUAUGUGCUAAGAACAUCAAAAUGGAGAAGACAAAGGAAGAUUAGUUAUGCG